AUCCGUGGGAUGCUGCGCACACUCUCGCCGCUCCGCCUUCGGGAUCUAAUCAAUAUUUCGCAAUUUUCGCACAGCGACUGGACCACGGUGCGAUGCUCGCAUCGGAACAACAACAUCGACGGGCGUCCAGCGAAACCCAACCUGCGUAUAAACCAAAACUAAUCGCCAAAUAAUUGCCAAAGAAACCAAACAAUUUGUGCUCAAAAUCAUCACUCAACUAACAAAGUAAAUAAAGUUAUAAAAAUGUGUGAACAAGUUGGAGACUGAUUGAACUGAUUCUCAAAGAAAGCAGAGAAAAAAAAAACAAUUCCCAGAAGUGAUUGUGUGAUUCCUCGAUUUGAAAGUGUUGGAUAUACAGCAUCCAUCCAAACCAAGCGACCACCAUGAUGCGUUAUAAGAGAAGAUCUUUGGGUGAAGUCGGGUGUCGCGGGGUCGCAUAAAAUCGAGGUGCGACUUCAAUUCGGCGCCACCCGAUCUAGUAACAAGUAAAAAGUUUAAACAGAAGUUAGAGUAAAACCUAGCUUGAAACCAACCGAUAACAAUUGACUAGUCACCCCCAAAAACGAUGUUUCCACCAUCGAUCCAGGCUCAAGAUGGACUUAAUCAGGGUAUACGCAAAUAUUGGACUAUUUCAGCAUUAUUAAUAUUAAUUUCAACAUGCUGCGGUUACCAAGGGCCCUCGGUGACCACCGUGACACCUCCACCGCAUCGCGGUGCCGCCCGCAUCAUGUACGGCUCCGGAUCCUUGCGCACGCCUGGACCUCUUCAUCUAGGUCCAGGCCAUAGACCACCACGUCCACGGCCCACGCCGACACCCUCCAACAAACGCUACUACCCAAUCGUCCCACUAUCAAUUCCAAUGCGCGACUUUGACAUUCUACCCGACGGCUUCCCGGUGAUGGUCGCACCUGGUUACCCCCCGAGCGUGCAAGACACCACACGCACAGGCGGAAGAUCACGCGGUGAAGGCGGCUACUAUGGCGGCAGAUUGGAAUACCCGAUUGGAAGAGGUAUGGGAAUCGGUACCUGGGGAAGUGACUAUGGUUACCCUCGAAUGGGCAUCUCAAUACAACCGGACAAUCCCUUCAAUAGAAACAAAGACAUCGGUAUCCUCACCAUGCAAGCAUCAAGUGAUGGUCUUGAUGGUGAUGGCUACGAAGAAGAGGAAUACCUUCAAUGUAAAGAUGGCUGCGAUCGCGGGGAAUUUACCUGUUCGAAGACUUGUCAAUGUAUACAGUAUAUUAAUAGGUGUGAUGGUCAUGAAGAUUGUGAACACGGCGAAGAUGAAAUCGAAUGUGGAGAAAUUGAUCAUGCUCGUAAUGAAAUCUGCAAGGAUAAAGAAAAAUAUGUCAGAUGUCCCAGAUCGGGUAAAUGCAUCCGAAAGGAUUGGCUGUGCGAUGGAGAAGAUGACUGUGGCGAUUUCUCUGAUGAAACACACUGCGCAUUUCCGACAAAUUGCACCAGUGAUCAAUUCGAGUGUGCCAACGGUCUCUGCAUUCAAAAAUCCUGGAUCUGCGACAACGACAACGACUGUCGAGAUUUCUCCGAUGAAUUGAACUGUACUAAAAUUGGUUGUACACCGGAUGAAUUCACCUGUUCGGAUGGUUCAUGCAUCUCGUUGUCAUGGAAAUGUGAUCGUGAACCCGAUUGUAAUGAUGAAUCAGAUGAAAUUAGUUGUGAUAUUGAACCACCAACUUGCAACAAAGGUGAAUUCCAUUGCGUCACUCAAAAAUGCAUCAAGGAUCAGUUCCGGUGCGAUGGCGACAAUGACUGUGACGAUUGGAGCGACGAAGAGGGAUGUGGUAAUCGUUCAGGGCCAUGUGUCGCCGGCGAGUUUAGCUGCAACAAUGGUGAUUGCAUUCCGGAAACGUGGAAGUGUGAUAAACAACAAGAUUGCGAAAACAGUGAAGAUGAAGUUAAUUGUACAGAUAGCAACACCCGCACUUGCUCCCCAGAUGAAUUUACUUGUAAAUCAGGCGCUUGUAUACUGAAAACUUGGGUUUGUGAUGGCUACUCAGAUUGUCCACAAGAAGAAGACGAAAUUGAUUGUAAAAUCACAUGUGACGAAACGAAAUUUGCCUGCACCGGAAGUCAACCCAACUCAACCGACACAGAAUUCUGUAUUAACAAGAAACACGUCUGCGAUGGACUCAAAGACUGUCCAAAAGGUGAAGACGAAGUUGAUUGUCCCACAAUUUAUGAUUGCAACAAAGAUUCAAAGUGUGAUCAAGUCUGCAUCAAGACAGUUGAUGGUAAAGACGCCUGUGCUUGUAACAGAGGUUAUUCUUUAGCUCCAGAUGGUUUUACAUGUAUUGACGUCAAUGAAUGUUUAUAUGAAUCCGACCCGGUCUGUUCCCAAACCUGCAAUAACACAAUCGGCAGUUUUCGAUGCGGCUGCAUGACCGGAUAUAUCCUAAGACCUGAUUUACGAACGUGUAAAGCUUUAGGUUGUUCCCCAACAUUACUCUUUGCAAAUAGGUUUGAUAUUCGACAAGUAUCACUACAGAUGUCUUCUAUCAACUCCCGAUACACCGCCAUUUUGAAAGGCCUACAUAAUGCAAUCGCACUAGACUAUCACUACAAAAAGGGUUUAAUCUUUUGGUCGGAUAUGGCAUUGGAUGUCAUCAAACAAGCUUGUAUUAAUGGUGACAAAAAGGAGGACGUCAUCAAAUGGGGUUUGGAAUCACCUGGAGGUAUCGCUUUGGAUUGGAUCCACGAUUUGAUCUUUUGGACCGAUUCUGGUACUAGGCGCGUAGAGGUCGCAACCCUGGAUGGUACAAAAAGAGCUAUUUUGGUUGCUAAUGAUUUAGACAAACCUAGAGCAAUUGUAGUUCAUCCUGGACACGCACUUGUUUUCUGGACUGAUUGGGGUCCAAGGCCUAAAAUUGAACGCAUCGAAAUGGAUGGUUCCAACCGUCGCAGCAUAAUAACCGAAUCAGUUUUCUGGCCUAACGGAUUAACUCUUGACUUUACCAGUGAUCGAAUUUACUGGGCUGAUGCAAAGCACAAUGUAAUAGAAACUGCGCUAUUUGAUGGUAAUGACAGGAGGAAGGUGAUCAGUAAAGGACUCCCCCAUCCCUUCGCUUUAACCAUCUUUGAGGAUGCAAUUUAUUGGACUGAUUGGCAUACCAAAGCGAUCUCAACUGCUAAUAAGCAAACUGGUGCUGGCAUGAGAACAAUUCAUGCUAAUCUACAUUUUCCGAUGGACAUACACAGCUUCCACGCACAGAGACAACCCCAAUACAAAAACCAUUGCGGGGAGAAUAAUGGCGGAUGUGAACACCUAUGUCUUCCGAAUAAAAACUCCUACACUUGUCUAUGUCAAAUGGGACAAAAAUUAAACUCCGAUAAGAAAACUUGUCAACAACCCGAGAAACUUUUGGUGUUUGUUAGAAAGAAGGAUUUGAGGAUCAAACAAUUGGAUAGCGAUGCAGCUCAUCAUCAUGAGAUUGUCGUACCAAUUGAUGGAAUUAAAUCAGCGGUUGCCAUUGCAUGGGAGUCUAAAACUGAUAUGAUUUAUUGGACGGAUGUAGAAAAAGACACCAUCAACCGAGCUCAUUGGAAUGGAAGUAAUCAUCAAGUUGUCAUCAAAACCAACGCUAUAUCUCCGGCUGGCCUAGCCUACGAUUGGUAUACUGAUAAACUCUAUUGGACUGAUGAUGGUACUGCUAAAAUUGAAGUUGCAAACAGUGAUGGUACCCUGCGAGGAAUUCUUAUCUGGGAGGAUUUAGAUCGCCCAAGAGAUAUCGUAGUAGACCCUGUUAAUGGUUACAUGUAUUGGUCCGAUUGGGGUGAGAAACCAAAGAUUGAACGCGCUGCAAUGGACGGAACAAUGAGGUCAGUGCUGAUUGCUCAUAACCUGACUUGGCCGAAUGGACUAGCAAUUGAUUACGACACCAAUAGAUUAUACUGGUCAGACGGCGGUACCUCCUCAAUUGAAUAUUCAAACCUUGACGGAAGCAACCGGAAAAUUUUACUCGAAGGUAGUUCAUUACCACACCCUUUUGGUCUAGAUGUUUUUGGCGACAAUGUCUAUUGGACUGAUUGGGAAACUUUGAAAAUCGAACGAGCAAACAAGUUUACAGGUCAAAAUCGCAAGGUGAUCAGUACUGGGAUAACUGACUUGAUGGAUGUGAGGGCGUUCCAUCGGAACCGAAAGUACAGUACCACAUCGUGUCACAUCAAUAAUGGCGGAUGUUCGGAUCUAUGUUUGCUCAAACCAAAGGGACAUUCAUGUGCGUGCCCAAUUGGCAUUGCUCUGAUGAAAGAUGGAAGAACAUGUCCAAAGGGUCCAAUUAACUCGUUGAUUAUUGCGCAUAGAGUUGACAUUCGACAGAUAUCUCUUGACGUGCCCUACAUUGUGGAUUAUGUAUUACCGUUUCCACCCUUGAAGAACGUAAUGUCCGUUGAUGUUGAUAGAAAAACCGGGGAGGUUUACUGGACUGAUACAUCAGCUGAUGUCAUUCAGAAGAACACCCCCGAUGGUAAAACACCUCGUACCAUCAUCAGACAUGAAUUACAAAUGGCUGAUGGGAUAACCAUUGAUUCCACUGGAAGAAAAAUGUAUUGGACUGAUGGUGGUCGUAAUAGCAUUGAGGUAGCUGAGCUGGAUGGUACCAACCGCAAGGUGUUAAUUUGGUCAGACCUUGAUACUCCACGAGCAAUUGCAUUACACUACCAUCACGGAUUGAUGUUCUGGUCAGAUUGGGGAACCAAAGCAAAGAUUGAGGUGGCUCAAAUGGAUGGAUCACAUCGUCGGGCUUUGAUCACAACUAACUUGGCAUGGCCUAAUGGCUUAGCCAUAGAUCGUCCAUCUGAACGUCUCUAUUGGAAUGAUGGAAAACUCAAAACAAUCGAAUCUAGUGACCUCAAUGGUAAUGAUAGACGAGUCAUAAUAGUUGGAGUACCUCAUCCAUAUGGUCUUGUCGUGGUGGGUAACCACAUGUAUUGGACUGAUUGGCAAACACAGGGAUUACAUAGAGCUGAGAAACAUAAUGGUAGCGAUCGGACUGUCAUCAGGGAAAAGUUGGAAGGCUUAAUGGAUAUUAGAUCAGUUCAGAGUGAUAACAUAGCCGAGAAUGCUUGCGGAAAUAACAAUGGCGGUUGUUCACAUUUAUGUCUCCGAAACUCCAAGGGUUAUUCAUGUCAAUGUCCAACUGGUAUUAAUUUCAAAUCAGGUUCAGAUAAGAUAUGCGAACAUCAACCUUUGAAUUACCUCAUGUUUACUACAAGGUCUAAUAUUGUUCGUAUCAGCUUGGACACCAAAGAACUCUUCGAAGUUACUCUUCCGAUUAAGAAGCUCCAACAUGUGAUUGAUGUAGACUUCCAUUGGAAGAAGCAGUUGAUCUUUAUCAGUGAUAUUGAUUUAGGUGGUAUCGAAUCCAUCAACAUGAAGAACUUUUCGGAUAGAAGAGAUAUUAUCUCGGAUAAUUCCACUAUCCCCAAUGGUAUUGCAGUUGAUUGGAUCAGUAACCUGAUUUAUUGGACUGAUGGAGCAAAGAAAGUAAUAGAGUUAUGUAAGAUUGAUGGAACAAUGCGGCACGUUGUCAUCAAGGACAAUCUACAAGAACCUCGAUCAAUUGCAACUUUCCCACGUCGUGGGUAUCUCUUCUGGACUGAUUGGGGAGCUCAACCCAAGAUAGAAAGGUCAUUCCUGGAUGGAUCCGGAAGAAGAGUACUGUUCAACCAAGAUCUAGGCUUUCCUAAUGGUAUAACCAUUGAUUACAAAGGAAAGAGAUUGUAUUGGGCAGAUGCAAAAUGGGACAGAGUAGAAACCUCUGAUCUUCAUGGCAAGAACCGUAUAAAAUUGGUACACAGCAGUAAUGAACCAACCACUCAUCCCUUCGCAAUGGCCCAAUAUGAAAACUACAUUUACUGGUCUGACUGGUUCCAAAAGACCAUCGUAAGAGCUGACAAAAGUUCCGGUACCAAAACCUCAGUCAUCAAAGCUAAUCUAGAUGGUGCAAUGGGUAUACGUGUUGUCUCAGAAAGCCGCCAGAAAGGGUGGAACCCAUGCUUGGUAAACAAUGGUGGAUGCACUCAUUUAUGCUUAUUCCGACAAACAGAUUACAUUUGUCAGUGUCCAGAUGAACCAAAUGGAAGGGUUUGUAAACUGGACCCGGAGCAUUUGGUGUUUAAUGAAAUACCUGAUGAUGAUGAAUACGUUGAUGAAGCUGAUGACAAAGCAAUCUUCUACGAUGCAAACGGAAACUUUGACGAGGCAUUCGACGGUCGUCCGAAACACUUCUCGGUGCCAUUCUAUGUGGUGUUGAUCGCUGCAAUAGUGUGCUUAAUAUUUGUCACUGCCGCGUUCUUGUUGAUCAUUUUGAUAUUAAAAAAGUCGCGCAAGAAGUUGUUGUACGUUACCGGGCGCAGUGUGAUGACCUUCUCGAAUCCCAAUUACUAUACGUCCAAUCCGGGUGAGACACCGCCGGCUGCAGCCACCAACGUCGAUAAGAAACCCUUCUUGUGGAAGAGGCUCAAAUACGAUAAAUCACAAGAACGUGUUUAUGAAGAUAAAGGUUCAUGCAGCAGUCCGGAAGUCACUAGUUUGAUACCCACAGUGCUGACGCCCAGUAGCUCACAUUGUGAAGCCAUCACGCCGGAAAUGGAACGGUCGCCAUCGAUCACGCCAUUGCGACGCAACUCACUAAAUCCAGUCGUGUAAGCAAACAAAAAAAAAAACAACAACAAAUAUGUCCAUACACACAAAACGGGUCAAACAGAUUGUCAGAGAAACGACAAUAACGCAAAACUAACACAAAUGAAACGCGACCUUUGACAACAAGCACAAAGAGAGUUUAAAUUUUCUGUGCAGGGAUUCAACAAAUACAUAAACUUGUAAUAAAUGUGGUGUACAAAUGAAAAAAGAAAAUUAGUACAAUUUAUAAGAACCAGAACUCAAAUGAAAAAAAAAGUAAUUAAUUGUUUGGUUGUCUAAAUUUUUGAAAAAACUAAGUCUAAUUAAAUUAUUAUAGCACGGUCCUGGAUACUAAAAACAAAAAACAAAAACGCGGUAAAUUAAAACAACAAAAUUAAACAAAUUGCUUCAUUCUUCUAAUUACUUACACCCAUAAAACGAUGCGAUUAAUUUUCCAAGUGCUGAUUUGUUCAUGGAUUAUCUUAGAGUAAAUAAAAUCUAUUAGUGUAUGAAUUCAAUAGACGUUACAUAUCUUGUUACACGAUACCAAAAACAAGCAUACAAAGAGAAACUGACACCUACACAUAACACAUAAACACAUAUACAUAAAAUAAACUAAACAAAACUUUGUUUUCAUGCAUUAUAUCUUAGAUAUUAAUAUUUUUAUAAAAAAUGAUGAAAACAAAUGAUAAGCACGAACCGUAAAGAACAAAAAAAAUAUGUAAAUGAUAACAAAGACUGAUUGUUAGGCUCUGUUGACAAACCAAAAAUAUAAUCAAAACGAGAUACAAAGAAAGUAAGACAAUGAAACGCACGUCAUAUUUGAGGUUAUGUAACAAAAUAAAACAUGGCCGCCAGGUGUCGGACAGCACGGACCAAUCAUGUACACGCAUUUAAUUGAUUUCUGUGGUUUGUGAUUGGUCUGAAAUUUUGAUCAACGAUGAAAUCCUCCGACAAUGGCGCUAACCAUUUCUAAACGUUUAGAUUUAACAAUUGCAGCCAGAACAAAUGGAUAAAUUACAAUGGCUCAUGUAAUUCAUUCAUUGACGGCGCGCAUUGAUACUGAUAUUGGAUACCAACCCCCUAACACACCCACACACGCCCCCAUGAUGAGAUUAUAGAUAGAAAAUAUUUACUAUAAAUAUGAGUAUAUAUGUAGGUAUAUAAAUAAAUAUAUAUCUAUCUAUAUAUGUAUAUAAAUGAUGUUAUGUUGGUUGGACGGAUGUUUUUAUGCGCGUGCGCGUGUAAAACGACAUCAAUCAAUUUGUGCGUUAAUAACACACAUUGUAAAAUUAGUAAAAAUCUAUUAAAGCAUGAAUUGAGCACACUGCACGUCCGACUGACGUAAAAAUUUUAUAAUCGUUAGUUGUUUUACGAAUUUACGACGAACAUGGCGGAUUUGCGCGCGCGGAUGAACUCAUCGACGCCAUCUUGAUGAAUUCACCUGCGCGAUAUGUGUAUAAACUCUGUGUAUACAUUCAAUUUGGUUUUUAUUCAAUUUAAUAAUAUCACAAAGAUUAAUACAAUAUACGUACUUAAAUUGUUAAACGCAAAAUAUUUGUUCGUUAUUGGUUACUAUGAUUAUUACUAACAAAGAAAUGUUUUUUAAAUGAAACACAUUUACGCAUAGAGGCAGUCUAAUAAGUGUUUAACUAAGAGUAUACAAUAGAGUAUUUGUUUGUCGCAUUUAAGACUUGUAUAACAAAUUGUGAACACACACAGCGAUGAAAAAUACAAAUGAACAAAUUUGGCAUAAUUGAAAGAAACGGUAAUGGAGAAACACACAUACAAAAAGAAGAAAAAAACAUUACUAGAACCCAUGAAUCUUGAAAAGCCUCCGAAAGAUUCAUGUUAACAAUAAACGAUGUAUUUUAAAUGUU